CGCUAGCAGUUUCUUGAGGAGAAGACUGCCGGGGUUAUCGCCGUUGGAUUUUUGAUGCCUGGCGGGGAUGUCACACGCCGUGGGGUUAGAUGACGCGACCUCCUUACGGGGCCUUUAUGAAUUCUUUCGCCGGUGUCUACGGCGGGGACACUGGCAACUGGCUCUAGCUUGUUUACCCCAAUUGUGCCAAAGUCCUAAGGCCGCCGAAGCAGAGGAGAUUGUGCGGGCUCUAGUAACUGUUCCGUAUUUACUAAGCUAUGAUGAAAGGCACACUCCUGAAAAGCUCUCUUGGUUCUGGCUAUGUGGUUUGGAUAUGUGCUUUGAAUGGAAUAAGAAACAGGUUCCAGAGAUGCUGACAGAUCAAACAGAAUUUAUAUUGUAUUUAGAAGAAUUGAAAAACGAUGCAUCAGAACAAGCGCUUAAGGAAUUGUUUGAGGCCUUUUUACACAGUCAUCGUGGAUCAAAGGAAGACGGAAUUGAAAGACUUGAUCCAAAGUUCAGCUUUGAGACCAUUUCUUCUUUACAUGUCACUCUGUCUCAGAAUCCUAGACUUGUCCAAGCAAUCUUACAUUUUUUACUUGCUGGUGACACCCAUUCAGCCGCUGUGAAAUAUAACAAUUCCCUGCUGAGAAUUUCAGUGGACUUUAUUUUACAAACGUUAACAUCCCUUGAAGGUUUCACACAGGACGACUCUGAAGCAAAAAGAAAACUGAAGCAACAGAAAGCUGAGAAUAUAUAUAGCAUCUUAAACACAAUGCACUUUAGUGUGGAGCUACAGACAAGUGACUUAAAACAUUUGUGUGAGGAGCUCUUUAAAGCUUGUCAGAACAAGGCAAAUAAUUUAAAAGAAGAACAAGUACAAGGAUGCAUGCUUAGAAAAAGCAACUAUGGGCUGAUCAGUUUAUAUGGAAAUGUGGCCAGUGAAAAACUAAACGCUCAAAUAAUUGCACAGAAGACUCCAGAAAAAGGAGCCACAAAUGUGCUUUCACAUUCUGAGAGCGCAAUUCUUGCCUUAUUUGCUACCCCUGAGCAAUCAACCUCAUGGAAGAAUGCCUACUUCUAUUUUCAUUCCACCGAGAAGCACUUUCUGGAGCAGAUUCUGCUUACUGCCUUACAUUUGCUAAAGAAGGAAGAUUUCUCAAGUUUAACAAUGCUACUGAAGAAAGAAUUCCAACCGCUUCGACGUCUUCUUGUGCUUCUGGGAUGGACUCACUGUCAGAGUAUCGAAUCGGUUAACGCUCUUCUUUGUGCUCUGCACGAUUCUGAGGAUUCCUGCAAUGAUUUGAUAUUGAAGGAAUUUUGUGAUGGCCUCAUGUUUCAGGUUGAGGCUUUGAAGUGGUGCAUAGAACACAGCAGUCGCACUGUUUCUAAGGAAGUCAUUCUUUGUCACUUGAACGACAUAGAGAGCCAUUCAACGCUUCACAUUUUGCAUGAUCUCACAAACCUUGCCGAAUUAAAUGAGGGAGAUGUUCUAGAUCUUCUGCAGAGAGAACCAUCUGUGGGAAAAGGAGAAGUUUCCUUAAAUCCACUUCAGGGAUCGCAGCAUCGCAGCAUUGCUUUGUUCCAGGCAUUUUGUGCUAUGAAAUACGCUGUCUAUGCUCUCAGUAUAUACGCUCACAAGCGUGUUCCGUGCAAGGACUGCCAAGACAGCGUUAUGAAUUGUUCCGAAGCUGAUGUUGAGCCGCUUCGUUUGCCAGACAAGGAUUCUUUCUCACACCCAGGCAGUUCAGAUGUUUUUGCACAGUAUCUUACAAAGUGUCAGUAUUAUUUAGACAAACUGCCUCCCCCAUUGAGGCUUGAAAUCUUGGAGAACGUUUUCUCCCUGAUGUUUAUUUCAAUAAAUGACUUGACCUUAGGAUCUUCACAAUCUGUGGAUCGUGGUAUAGAGGUGGAUGAGGAUGAACUAGAGGUGAAAUAUGAUGGAUUUGCAGAAGAAGUCCCUCUGCCACAAGCGCUAACAACAAAAUGUAACAAUGGCACAUCUAACGUUGCUAAUGAUAUUUUUGAAGGAUCACCGUUGUUUUGUGAGAAUUAUUUAAACCUGACACACUUUACUAGCGGGUUGGCAGGGUUCGUGGUAGAUGACUUUGUCCUAGAAAAGUUCUUAACAAUCUUAAAGGAUAACCUGGAGGAACUUAAAGUCCUAUGUAAGCGGACUACAGAGGCAGGCAAUGAGGAGCCAAACCUGUUUGAAUGUACAAAGGACACUUUUAGCAGCAGAGUGCUUACGUUAUCAAAAUAUAUAUCUGAAGCCCAAUGGAGAUCUAAAUUGGUCAUGAGCAACUGGAAUACAGGCAGUUUUUCAAGUAAUUUCCCUGCCAUGAAUAGUGGCAGAAAUUAUACAGCAGAGGAUCAAAAACAAUGUUUUUUGAUUCCGAGGAUGCUCUCCCCACCUGAAUCUUUGCUUAUUUCAUGUAUAUUGAGAGGAAACUACAUUGAAGGUCAUCAAGUGGCACUGAUGUUUAACCUUCAGUCAUCAACAAGUCACAGUGAGUUGGUUUUCAUGGAAUGCUAUGAAGAGGUAGUACGGGAACUUUCUAGAGUGGAGCAAAAAAUUGAAAACCAGAUGUCGGAAUCAAAUGUUAGAAGGAUGUGUAAUAAUCGCUCUACUUUACAAGCCAUAGGAAAUGCAGCAGCAGCAGGCAUGGUGUUCUAUUCCAUUUCGGAUGUCAUGGACAAAUUGCUUUCCCCUACGGAUGGCCCAAUACCCACAUUACAAGAUGAUUUUUGGACGAAAAGUGCCAACUUAGAAAAGACUGAUCCUUGGAUGCAUGUGGUGGAAGAGCUGAAUCCAUCUGCAAUGACCGCGUUUGAUUUGGCCUGCACCCAGGCCCGUGUUUGGAAGACUUGCAAGCAACUCCUUGAGGCUGCAGAAAGGAGGCUUUAUAACAACUGUGAAAUAAAAGGCUCAAAACCUGAUUCUAUUAUGGAUCAUCCUGCUGGUAUCCAGGGUUUACCACGUUUCCUUCAACAAAUGAGUAAAAUAAUUACUUAUCCGUGUCCAUCUCAAGAGCAGAGUGAAUUAGAAGAUAAAAUAUGCAGCCAACUGAAGUGCAGUAUUACAGAAGUUUUACAUACUUGCUACACAGUGAUGACUAAUGAGUACAUUGUUCGUGAGAUUACUCUGUGCCAUGAGCUGGAACAAAUUACAAUUCGUCUAAAAGCUGCAAUAACUUCUCAUGAACCAAAAGGAAAUCUGCCACAAGCACUAAUAGAUCGGUUGUCUAUAAAAACUCAUGAUGUGCAGACGCAUCCUGUGUUCCAGGAGAUGUCCCUGCUCCUGAAGAACUUGGAGAAGAGUGAAACAUCUCUAUCUAAUCAAAGCCAUAAUUCAAAAUACAUAAAGAGCUUCUUUACACAUGUAAACACUUUGGCUAAAGUUGUUAUUCAAAGCUUAAACCCUGAGAUUGAUUUAACAGUGGAUUUGAAGGUGGGAAAUCCUUUUAUUUUUUUACAACAAAAUCCAUCUCAGUUGAUUUCACACUUGCUGUUUGAAAGGCAGGUUCUACCAGAAAGACUGUCGUCGCUGCUGGACAAUGAAAACCUUUUGUUGAACGUGGAGCAGGUUAUAGCGGACUGCUGUUGCGAGCCUUUGUUAUUCUGGAACACAAUGAAAAGUAUCCAGGCACGAUCCCUGCUAGAUAAUAUUACACAAACGGCUGUACGGUGUGUGGAAGCCUCUUUACCAGAUAUGCAAAUCCUGGUUCCAUGUGGUGGACUGAAUACGGGGACUAAUCAUUCUAUGAAACAAUCAUCUCCCAUGUCUGAUGCUAACCAGUACUUUCUUACAAUGACAACCCUGAACUUUUUAAAAUCGAAGUCAAAAUUGACAGCAGCAAUGGCCUGCUUUAGUGCGUCCAUACGUCAAAAGCCACCUAAAUCAAGUCUGUCGUGGAUGGAGUUACGAAGUAACAAGAAAGAGAAUCCAUUGGAGGCAGACCAAAUCGCAAAGGAGUGCGAUGUGCUGCUUUCCGAUUUUCCUGUUCUGCAAAGAUUAAUCUCUGUAAUGUCUGCACCUUUUUUAAGUGCCUUGCCGGAUGGUAGCGAACAUGUCAUGGCUAUCCGCGGCAAGUUACGGACAUCUUUAAUUUCUCUGGGUUUUCACUCUUCUACAGCAACUGAAAUAAUUGCCGACAUUUUUCAGAAGGCAGUUUCCGAGACGAAUUGGGAAAUGGUGUUCCAGAUUCUAGAUAGUUUUACUGGUGAAAUUGAAGGACUUGAAGCAAUCAAAGAUGGCCUGUUGUCUUGUGCCGCUGCUGAAGAAAAGGAUGGUUGGAGAUACCUUUUAGCUGUCAAUGAUCCUGUUCUCAGGAGCACCAUGGCCCUUCGCUUUCUUGACAAAUGGCCUCUGGAUGCCGCUGAAGAGAUCUUAGAUUAUUGUUUGUCUGAAAUGCAUAUUAAUAAUGAUUUGAAACGGGACCUGCAAAGUAAAACAAAGGAACUGGAAAUGUAUCAAAAGAUACUUGGGGUAAAAAAGGAUUUAAUGUGGUCAAGCUGGCAGGAUUUAAAAAAGGACUGUGUGGACAACCCCCAUAGGAUCAUUAGUAUCGUACUGGAAGCCAAGGACUAUGUAUUGUGUGAAGACUGGGCAUUGUUUUAUCCUAUUCCAACAGAGCUUUUAAUCAGUCUUCAUUGUGAGCAUCUCCUGCAUCUAUUGCAAAACAAAGACACAGAGAGAUCCCUACAGUUACUACAGAGGAUGAAGGUCCAAGAACUGCAGCUUGCCAUCACUGAACAAGCAUUACUUCAAAAUACCACCAUAUUUGCCUGCCAUUUCUUAUCUGACUACCUGCUGUCUCAUUUCCAAAAUGUACUUUCAGAAACCCGUCGGCAUGAGAUACAGUAUAUGUUCAUGGGUUCAAAGAUACUGCUGUUACUGCCAGAGUCUGCUCAUUCAGAUUAUCAACAUCUCAUCUCCAACCCUCUCCUCCUAGUAGAGCAACUGUUGAUGAAUAUGAAGAUUGGAUGGGCUUCUGUUGCGGUGCAAACUGUCCAGCAUCUUUUGGCUGAACUUGAUUGUAGUCUCUGCAUUGAAGAUAUAGACAUAUUAUUGUGUACAUAUGCAGGAAAAGCCUUGGAUAUUCCAUUUUCAUUCCGUGAAAGGAAAUCUGAUACUAGUCGAAUACCAGAGAGUAGCAGUCAUUCAGCAGAAUCAGAAACCAUUACAUCUCUCUCACCAACAGAUCAACCUACUUCCUCUGUGGCUGAUUGGUCUCGUUUUCAGACUCCGCCAGCUUCUCAGGAAAAAUGCUUGAGGAGGAACAAGUCUUCUCCAGAGUUUGUACCGCCCAAUAAGCCUCCAGCAAAAACUCAGUGGAUACCAGAUGAAACUGAAAUAAUUUGCAUGGUCUGUAAAAGUGAAAGGUUCACCAUGUUUAAUCGCCGACAUCAUUGCAGACGAUGUGGACGUCUUGUCUGUAGUUCCUGCUCCAUGAACAAAAUGGUGGUGGAAGGUUGUCGGGAAAACCCAGCACGGGUUUGUGAUCAGUGCCACAAUUAUUUCUGUGCAAGCAAAACACAAGAUGAAACAGAACAUACAGAAGCUAAGAAGACAAGUGUAAAUUUAGCUGAAGUGCUCAAAUUGUCAAAGGCAGCUGAGGUUCAGUGGUGGUUAACACUUAAUGAAGCUGAGAAUGAAGUGGAGAGAAAUGAAUUCUAUUAUGAGCAGGCUCCAAGUGCAUCAUUAUGCUCUGCCAUCCUCAACUUGCAUUCUAAAUGUGAUGAAUGUGGGUACCAGUUGAUAGAGCGCUGUUGCAUGUUAUCCAAGGCUCUGACUAACCCAGAGAUGGACAGUAGGCUUCUUCUGGACAUCAUGAAAAGUUUAUUGUUUAGUGCCAAGAUGAUAUUUGUGAAAGCAGCAAGGAGUCAUGACCUUGCACUCUGUGACAGCUACAGCAGCAAAGUUGAUUUGCUGAAGAUUUUAGUUGCUGCUUCAUACCAAGACAUACCCUCUCUAGAUGAGAUAAUACGACCAGCAGCUGUAAUUAGAUUAAGGAAUCGUCUCUUAGAAGCGGAGUACUACAAUUUAGCAAUUGAGGUGUCUACCAAAACAGGACUUGAUCCUGCUGGAGUUUGGCAUGCAUGGGGCAUGGCUUGCCUGAAAUCCGAUAAUUUGGCUGGUGCGAGGGAAAAAUUCAGCAGGUGUAUGAAACCACCUUUGGAUCCAAAUCAAAAGAGUACGGGAUCAAAGCUGUUGGAAGAUGUAGUUCAGUAUUUGGAGUCUGUAGCUAAACCAAUUCUUCUGGUGAAAGAUGAUGAUUAUUUUGCUACACUGAAAGAACUUGAAGUCACCCUGAAAGCUCGUUGCAUAUGGUAUGAAAUGAUGCCGGAAGGAAAGGUUCAAAAUAAUACCUAUUAUCAGGAGUGCUUGCACUACUUACAUACCUAUGGCACACACCUUGAGAUCAUACAGUUCUACAUACGCCAUGAGCUCAUGCGUGAAGCUUUGCUGCAUUUAUUAAAUAAGGAGUGUCCUGGUGAUAUUUUCAUUGAAGGGAUUUUUGUACCAAGCUAUGAAAGUGGCAAGUUACAUACACUGGAAAACAUGUUGGAAUCAAUAGAUCCCAGUCUACACAGUUGGAGCUCCUACCUCAUCGAUGUGUGUAAAUACCUCCAGCAGAAGAACUUUUAUAAUAUACUUUAUGAAAUUCAGCAGUUUAUGAAGGACCAUGUGCGUGCUGCCAUGACCUGCAUACGGUUUUUCUCUCACAAAGCUAAAAACUAUGGAGACCUUGGUAAUAAUCAAAAAUGGCUUAUUAAGUCAAAGGAUCAUCUCAAAAUUUACCUACAAGAACUGUCACGAAGCGGCAGGAAAAAAUCUUUCGACACUUUUAGGAAAAAAAUGUCCCCAUCCGAUAUUUCCAGACACAUCAACACAGUAGAGCUACAGAUGGAGAUCACAAAAUUUCUGCAGAGAUGCCAGAGUUUGGCAACUACCCAAGUUUCUAACAAGCCACCUCCAACACUUUUUGGUCGCAGCUCUAUGAUGAUAGAUGUAGCCUGUAUGGUCAUUGUAGCAGGUAAAAAUGUUGAAGAAGGCUUUGGAAUAGCAUUUAGAGUAAUUCAGGAUUUCCAACUGGAUGCUGCAAAGGUUUACAGCAAAGUAUGUAAUCAGCUGGUACAGAGAGAGCAUUAUUCCGAGAUCCUGCAGCUUGUUAAAUGUGUGAGCGAAUCUGGUGUUGCUACAGAGAAUGACUGUGAUCAGAUUUUGCUGCAGUGCAUAGAAGGAAUGGUGGACAUGCCCUCAGAUGAACGGGAAAAGCUGAUUCAAGGAAUGAGAAGUGAUGAAAAUAAGAUUAAGGCUUUCCUAGCCUGCCACAUGCUUCGUUCUGCCUAUCUGACCGCUGUAAAACAAGAACCCGGGAGAGCCAUCCAGCUAGUACAGAUGGUGUGGCAGGCUGCUUCUGAUUUCAAAGAUCCAGUUGUCCAGGGUAUCUGCUCCAAGUGGCUUGCAGAGCAUCCUCAACUUCAAAAGGAAGUACACAAGCAAAGCACCAGAAAAUAAAUGACAUACUUCAUUUGAUCACCCUACCACUUCACCUGUGUAAUAUCAAAACGGUAAACCGGAAUGACCUCCUCUACAUAUGUAUAAAAACAUAAUAUGGCUAAUUUCUGUUCCUGUGUAUAGGCAGACAUGGUCAAAGACAAAGAUUUUCCUUUGCCUUCUUGCUUAGAAAACAAUUGCUGAAAAUAUGGUCCAGUUCAUAGAUUUUCAAAUCCUUUGUACUGCUGAACAGUUCUGCAAAACAAACUUCUACCUCAAAGAAUUUGGACUAUACUCGAUAAAAAAAAACAUCCUUAAAAUCCUUGUUAAUUUACUAGUUUUCGUCUUUCUUUUUUAGUUCCCAUUCUACUUGUAUUUUUAUAUGUUAUAAGCUCUGUUUAUACACACACAAAAUGGUCAUUACAAAUUUAAUAACAAUCUGUCUAGAAUUUUAUAUAUUGCAGUUUAACAAUGGUUUUGUAUUCACAAUGACACACAACAUCUCCAAAGAAAAUAGGCUUUUACGCAAUUUUGUAAAUGUUUGUUAAUGUAUCAUUUGUCCUGGGAAUUUAGCAUUAUGAUUAUAGAUAUCUCCCAUUGAUGAUGUUGCGGCAGCAACAACUUGUGUUGUUUUUCUCUGCUUUGUGAUCACCUUUUGUACAAAGUGUUUUCCAGCAACUAGAGAUUAUUUCUAAAAUGCCCUCAAGUAGAGGCUAUGGUAGUGAAUAAAUACAAGCUAAUGAAAAAUUAUUUCUGCCACAA